AUGAAUUUACAGAUUGUCCUUUAUGAUGUUGAAGCGAAAGUCGUAACGAAUGAUCUUUGUGAGGUUGGGAGCGAGAGAAACAAAGAUUUCGUCAGGCGUCACGUCUGGGAUUUAAACUGCGCGUUUGAGGAGGAGAUAGAGCGUGAACUGGCUGAAGUUACAUUUGGGACCUGCAAAAGGCACGCUCGGAUGGUUCGCAUUUGGUUUACCGAAGCAAAGUCAAGAAAAGAAGUCGGGAGAGCAAACAAGAGCAGGCCAAUGGAGGUUAGUGCGAAAAAGCCCGUUAGUCGGUUUAGAGAGGUUGUUCAAGCUCCCAAAAAAGUGGUACGUGACCCUCGUUUUGAAUCGCUGUGUGGUAACCUCGAUGUUGAUGGGUUUAGGAAGAGAUAUGAUUUCCUUUUUGAAAAUAAUCUUCCUGCUGAAAAAGAGGAACUGAAGAAGCAAUUGAAGAAAACAAAUGACCCAGAUUUUAUUGAGGAAUUGAAGAAGCACAUAUCCUGGAUUGACAAACAAUUAAAAUUUGAAACAGCAAAGAGUACUGAUGCUGCCGUACUGUCUGAGCACAAGAAGAAAGAGAGAGAAGCUGCAAAACAUGGGAAACGACCCUUCUAUCUUAAGAAAUCUGAAAUCCGGAAGCAAAGACUUGUCGAGAAAUAUAACAAACUCAAGGCAUCCGGCAAGCUUGAAUCCUUCAUUGAGAAGAAAAGAAGGAAAAAUGCUUCCAAAGAUCACAAAUAUAUGCCAUAUCGUCGACCCAACACCAACACCGAGCAGUAG